CUCUAGGACCUGGAGCGCUGCUGUCACGUGCCCCGACUGCCUCAGCGCCCCCCUCGCCUCCUCCCCUUGUUCAUCGGUUCGAGCCCGUCCCCUGCCUGCCAGUGACCGUCUCAGCCAUGAUGCAGGAAGGCCUGGAUGACGGACCCGACUUCCUGUCAGAGGAGGACAGAGCGCCCAGGGCAAUUAAUGUAGACCUUCAGCCUGAUGCCACACUGCAAGUCGAUAUAUCAGAUGCAUUGAGUGAAAGAGACAAAGUAAAGUUCACGGUACAUACAAAGAGUUCACUACCAAACUUCAAGCAGAACGAGUUCUCUGUGGUGAGGCAGCAUGAAGAGUUCAUCUGGCUUCACGAUUCCUUUGUGGAAAAUGAGGAAUACGCUGGAUAUAUUAUACCACCAGCACCUCCAAGACCGGAUUUUGACGCCUCCAGAGAGAAACUCCAGAAACUUGGCGAAGGGGAAGGGUCCAUGACCAAGGAGGAGUUUACCAAAAUGAAACAGGAACUAGAGGCAGAGUAUCUGGCCAUCUUCAAGAAAACCGUAGCGAUGCACGAAGUCUUCCUGUGCCGCGUCGCAGCUCAUCCCAUUCUUAGGAAAGAUUUAAAUUUCCAUGUUUUUCUGGAGUACAAUCAAGAUUUGAGCGUCCGAGGAAAGAACAAAAAAGAAAAGUUAGAAGACUUUUUUAAAAGCGUGGUUAAAUCGGCCGAUGGAGUCAUUGUUUCAGGCACUAAGGAUGUGGAUGAUUUCUUUGAUCACGAGCGGACUUUCCUUCUGGAGUAUCAUAAUCGAGUGAAGGAUGCCAGCGCAAAGUCUGACAAGAUGACGAGAUCUCACAAAUGUGUUGCCGAUGACUACAACAGGAUAGGGUCGUCGCUGUAUGCUUUGGGAACACAGGACAACACUGACAUAUGCAAAUUUUUCCUUAGAGUAUCUGAAUUGUUCGACAAGACACGUAAAAUCGAAGCCCGAGUGUCAGCUGAUGAAGAUCUGAAGCUUUCUGACCUCCUAAAAUAUUACUUAAGAGAAUCACAAGCUGCUAAGGAUCUCCUGUACAGAAGGUCCCGCUCGUUGGUGGAUUAUGAAAAUGCCAAUAAAGCACUAGAUAAAGCCCGAGCCAAGAACAAAGAUGUUCUGGUAGCAGAGACCACUCAACAGUUGUGCUGUCAAAAGUUUGAGAAGAUAUCCGACUCUGCUAAACAAGAACUCAUGGACUUUAAAACACGGAGAGUGGCUGCUUUUCGAAAGAACCUAGUAGAACUUGCUGAACUGGAACUCAAACACGCCAAGGGUAACUUGCAGCUACUGCAGAGCUGUUUGGCCGUGUUAAACGGUAAACCGUAACUCCGUCCUCCUCCGCAAAGGAAAAAAAAACCCACAAGCAGUCCCUCCUUUCGGGUCGUCGAGCCGCCACGUUUUCCGGGUUGGUACAUCGGGCAUUCCUAGCUCCGCAGAGAACGAACUUGUACGCGGAAAACGGGCCGACUCCAUGUCGGAAGCAGCUCGCUUCUACGUCCACAUUCAGUGUAUACACAUGUACAAUAAUUUAGUAUACUUUACGUCCGCCACAAAUUCAAAUCUCUCCUUUUUUUUCGGGUGAAAAUAGACGAAUAAAUGCUCUCCACGUUACGAACUGUAUCAUCAUCAUCAUAACGCUGCCAAUCUUAUUUACCGAUGUAUGUUAAUCGUGGAUGAUGAUCGACAUUCACGGUGAAUUUAAUGUUGCCAUUAGUUGUGUGCGUCGUAUACUUUGUCCCGUUUUCCAUGUUUUUAUUUUUUGUUCUGUUUUUUUUUUUUAAGCCUCUGUUAUCUUGAUUUACUGAACUAUGUUUUUUUUUUUAUUAAAUAGUUCUUAGAUUUUUCAGAAUGCUCCGAAUAUCUUUUUAAAAGUUACGUUCCUAACGCUAAUGCAUCAAUAUGUAUGCCUUAAAUUGUAGACUUCUCUCAAAUAUUGUAAAAUAAACUGUGAAUCCGAUGAUUUUUAA